GGACCCGAGCGAUCGACAGAAUGUUCUAGAAUGGUCUAGAAUGGUCAUGUGAUGUCCGGAGACCAGUUAUGUCGCACUUUUAAAAAUACUCUUAUGUUUUUUUUUUAUGUGUGUUCUUCCGCUUGUCGUAUAAAUAAAAUGGCGCGAGGACGAAUGAGGGAGCACGUGAGGUGUCUCGUCCAAUUGGAUUACGCGCUCUCAGCAAGAGGGUAUAAAUACCAGGCGGUUGCCGUGAGAGACGUCCGCCAUUGAUGAGUAACUAUUAUAAGAAAUAGGUUGAUUUAAAACGCAUAUAUGCUGUGUUAGUUUGUUCUGUUGGCGUUGAAAAGUAGAUUACAAAAAAUCCUGAAAAUGUUUUCUUAGAUGUUUCUUCCGGGCGCAAAUCAUCAAGACUUCUCGGUUGGUGACGUUUUCCAGCAGAGCUCCUCCGGCACUGCAACGUCUGUCUCAGUUCGCCAGUUUAAACUUUGUUUGUGCCAGAGACGGAAAGGUAACAUUUUGAGUCCAGGUUGAGCUGGCUUAAUUUAGCUGGCGGAUUGGUAAUGGGAGGGACAGUUUCUGAGCUCAUUGUCAGCAUCACACAGGGCGGGGUAAUGUGGCUAGUGUGCUAAAGCUAGCCGGGCGACAUUUUGUGGCUCAAGGCUUACUUGUACGAUUAAUGGGGGAACUCAUGUAAAUGGACUGAUUGGUCAUUUGUUUAAUUUUAACAACGGAAUUGUGUAUUUGUGCUUGCACAAUGUCAACAUGCCCAUUAAAGGAAUUGUUUAAGCAGUGCCGACACUUCUGUGUCGUUCAUAUUAUGACGGAAGAUGGGAUUGCGUCAUCCAGCAGAGUUCAUGAGGUUUACUUAACGCAUGGCCGUGGAUUGUGCAAAGACGAUAUAUUUUUAGAAGUCCCUUAUCCACAGAAAAUAUAGGAUUGAGUUUUAUUUCAACAUGAUUUUGGUGAUGGUUGUGUCCGAGUUAGAUGUCAUUUUUGUUUUUAUCUAACUCGUGUGUGUGCUAGAAAUAUCUCGAAAUUUGAAAAACUUGCAUGCAAUAUACCACACUAAACAAGUAUAAAUUGUCACAACGUCGUAGCUUUUUGUAAAUACGAAUUGUAAACUUUGGUAGAAAAUAAAAUUCGUUUUGUACUUCUGUUUCUUUUCUUUCAAGUGGACUGUCGGUGAAAUGGACACCUCAAUCAUUCGUAUACAAUGGCGCAGGCAGUGGAAGUGUAAUGCACGCUGAGCUGCCUAGACGUAACAGCAAAACCCCUUUCCACACCCUUCAUUCCCUGGAUCAGUCUUGACCAUGUCUGAUGCCAAACCCCCUCUUAAUUUCAUCAUGAAUGGUAAUCCCCCUCCCCCGGAGUACAAGAACCCCAAGAAGCCUGGACGCCUCACCAACCAGCUGCAGUAUCUAGAGAAGGUGGUGAUUAAGGCCCUGUGGAGACAUGACUUUUCCUGGCCCUUUAGACAUCCUGUUGAUGCUGUCAGACUUAAUUUGCCAGACUAUUAUACAAUCAUCAAGAACCCAAUGGACUUGAGCACCAUUAAAAGGCGCCUUGAGAACAAUUAUUACAGGAAGGCAAUGGAGUGUGUUGAAGACUUCAACACCAUGUUCACAAACUGUUAUGUGUAUAAUCGGCCAGGAGAUGAUAUUGUUCUGAUGGCACAAGAUCUUGAGAAGCUUUUCCUGGAGAAGGUGGCACAGAUGCCUCAGGAUGAGUGUGAGAUCUCUGCUCUGACCAAUAAAGCUCCUGUCAAAGGAGGGAGGAGGCCAGCAGGGCUAAAGAUGAGGCCACAGUCCCCAGUGUCUGAGGUGGUCUUCCAGCAGACUGUGACGGUCAUCCCUCCUGAUGCUCUCCACACAAUUCCCUCUGCCCCCUUGUCUGCUCAUCUCACAGCCAAAUUGAAAAAUGGUUUGAAAAGGAAAGCAGACACUACAACCCUUAUGGCAUCUUCCAUCACUAGCUCAGAGUCAUCCACUUGCAUAACAGAACCAAAAGUCCUGAAGUUAUUCUCCAGACGAGGCAGCAGCCGACCUAUCAAACCCCCCUGUAAAGACCUUCCUGAGUUACCACUACAGCAUCAGGUUGGCAGAAGGACCAAACUGUCAGAGAGACUUAAAUACUGCAAUGCCAUCCUGAAAGAGAUGUUUGCCAAAAAGCAUACAGCAUACGCCUGGCCCUUUUAUAAACCUGUGGAUGCGGAGGCACUGGGCCUUCUUGAUUAUCGUGAAAUCAUUCAUCAACCCAUGGAUCUUGGUACAAUCAGAAAAAAAAUUGAAUCUCGCGAGUACACGGAUGCAUUACAAUUUGCUGCAGAUAUGCGGCUUAUGUUCUCAAACUGCUACAAAUACAAUCCACCUACCCAUGAGGUAGUGACCAUGGCCAGGAAACUCCAGGAUGUUUUUGAGUCCCUCUUCUCGAAGAUACCUGAUGAGCCGAGGUACUCCGCCUCAGUUCCUGGUCCUAACAGAAUGAAAGGGAAAUUAGAGAGAGCAGACAGUCCGUCCAGCUCUGAGAGCAGCGACAACGAAUCGUCUUCUCCAUCAGACAACUCCUCAGACUCUGAGGAGGAGAAUGAAGAAGAGCGGGCUCGGAGACUCGCCAGCCUGGAGGAACAGCUGAAAGCAGUGCGAGAGCAGCUGCAGUUACUGACCCAAACACCUCUCCUAAAACCAAAGAUAAGAGAGAAGUCCAAGAAGAAGAGAAAGAAGGUGAGAGAGUCAAAGCGAAAAGGUGAAGAAAUGAAGAAACCAGCAAAAAUACAGAAGAGGUCCAACAGCAACAAGUCAUCAGGGCGGAACAAGGAGAGCAGAGCAUAUGAUUCUGAAGAUGAGAUUAAUGCUUUGCCCAUGUCUUAUGAGGAGAAACGGAGACUGAGCCUGGACAUUAACAAGCUUCCAGGAGACAAGCUCGGCAAAGUAGUGCAAAUUAUCAAGGCGAGAGAGCCUCUCCUCAAGGACACGGACCCUGAGGAGAUUGAGAUCGAUUUUGAGAUGCUCAAACCUUCAACGCUUCGAGCUCUGGAGUGGUACAUCAUGACAUGCCUUCGGAAGAAACCAAAAGAAACAGACCGUAUAAAGCUACAAAAGAAGUCUAGAAACAAAGACACUGAGAAAGAGCUACAAAACACAACUGUGGAACCAAUCUCCAAUAAAAAGGCCAAGAUUGAAUCAGAGGGUGAGUUUAAAGACAUGACUCGUCCAUCUCGCCUGAGCGACAGCAGCAGCUCGUCUAGCUCUGACAGCAGUAGUAGUGACUCUAGCUCAUCUGAUAGCUGUGACUCUGAUUCAGAAAAGAAAACUAAGAGGAAACAAAGCAAAGCCCAUCUUCAUGCCAACAAAGUUAAAAGCAAGGCAUUGCAGCAGGCAGCUGCUGCUGGGGUAAAGGACCAUUUACUUGAUGUGACCUGCCAGUCUCCUCCAGUCUCUGAGACAGACUCCAAAGACCGGUUUGUGUCUCAAGCAAAGCAGCCUACCGAGGACGCCACCACCACAAUCUCAGCCUUGCACAGCCGGCAACAUCCUCGGCCAUCCAGACCUAGUGGCAAAGCUGCCCCCCUACCUCUUAAAACGUGGACUGCACCCUUACCACUCAGUCUACCUCUAGACCAGACCCCCUGCCCUUUACUCAACACUUCUUCCUCCCCUUGUAAUGAUCGCACAACAUUUUCACCCAAAUGCUCCCCUGUGUCAAUCAUCCCACACCCACCAGUCGCACCCCCCACAGACCAAACAUUCUCCCAUAGUCCCUCGCUCAAUCCUCCACAUGCCCCCCAUAUCCCUGACCUACAGGAUUCUCAGAUUGGCUCCCCCUCACCUGCUGUUGCAGAGGAGCCUCCACAUAAGUCUGAGCAGAAAGAUAUUCUUCCUCUUCUGUCACCACUGACCUCACCGCCUACAGUCAUGCCUGUCACAGGAUUACUGCCUAUCUCCAACUCUCAGUUUGAGCAUUGUAGAUUGUUGUCACCUCUGCAAGAGAGUCCAUUAACCAAUAUGAGGAAUGAGCAGGGCUGCUUAGAAUCACUAGACGAGUCCUCCUUUCAGCUGCAUAAAAAGCCUGGAGCUAAACACGAUAGCAGCGAACUAUGGAAGUCCAUUCAAGAUGCCAAAUCCAACUUGCCUAAAAAGGAUAUUGUUCUGAAGAAUGCAGACUCCUGGACAAGUCUGGGUAAGAUGGCUGCACAAACUCCUUGCACCAUCAAGUCAUCCAAGGAGAGUUUCCAGCAGUUCCGUAAGGUUGCCAUGGAGAAAGAGGAACGAGAGCGAGCUCGUAAACUGCAGUUGGAGGCUGGUCGAGAGAAGAGCAGCACAGAUAAAACCGGUGUGAUGCAGCAGCUCCAAAAGACCAAUUUGGACUGCCAGCCUUCAAAGCCAGAAGUAGAGUCAGCAGAGCUGCCACUGAUGGCGGUCAUCUUGGAUACCCCUGCAUCACCGGAGUCGUGCACUCUGCCACAGAAUUCUGAACGAGAGAUGGCUCGCAAGAGAGAGCAGGAGCGCCGCAGGAGGGAGGCUAUGUCAGGAAUCAUUGACAUGACCAUGCAGAGUGACAUAAUGGCGACCUUUGAGAAGAACUUGGAGUGAGAUUUAAACUAAUACAAUUAUUUGGUUGUGUACAUUGUGUUACUGUUCGGUGAACGGUGUGGACUGUCUUGUCCCUUCCCUAAAUUGUUCUAAGAGUCCUGGUGACUGAAACGGGUCUUAGUCUUUUGAUGGACGAAAAUACUGCAAUAUAGCUGCAUCACUUUACAUUUGUACUAAAUUAGCUCUAGUGAAAAACAAACAAACACAGUAAUGCACCGUGUAAAAUGUUGCAGGUCCAAUAUGUGCACCAUUAACAGUGUUUUGUGUGUAUUUUCUUGGCUUUUGUUUUUUGAUAAAUUGGAUUUGCCUGCACUGAAAUGCUGCCCAAGUGUUGAGGCAGUUUUGAAAGAGAAACAUGUUUGAUGUUUUACAGCAGUCUUUGUGUUCUUUAACAUGUUUAGUUCAUCUUUUUGUUUUAUACUGAAUGAUUGUGUUUACUUCUCUUGAAUAUUAUUGUAAUCAAAUCUUUGACACAUUCCAUCAACUCUUCUGCUUUAUGAAUAAUGCAUAGCUGGUCGUAUUGUGCCAGCUGUUGAUAGAACUAUAAGGGAUGUUCCUGUGCAGGGCUGCAUCCUUGUUUAUCGUAUUAGCUGGUAUUUCAUGUAUUUGACUUAUUGCAGUAAUUUAAACAGAACAUGUACUGACUGAGCUUGUCCUGUUUAAGUUAUCACCAAAAAAAUAAUAAAGUUUUUCUGUAGUGUCAGAUAUUUAACAUUAGCAUGUGUGUUAAAGUCAUAUUUAGUAUUUCGUUACCUGGGACAGCCAAUUUUAUAGGUGUCUGCCUUCAAUGAAUGGGACUUCUUUUAAGAAGUUUUUGCACUUCCUGUAUUUUGAUUUGUAUCCAUUUGGAAGUGUAGUGCCAUAAAGUUCCUCUCUUGGCAGUUCUUUGUGCCUAAAGUCGGUGGAUUCUCCAGAGCUAUGGUGAUCAGAUGAUUGUACCGGACUGAAGGCAUGUUCAAUAUUGUGUUUCUGACUGUAAUGGUUGUGGCAGUUUUCCAGUGGUCUCUUCCUGUAAAUGAUCAUCACAAGCACUUUAUUCAGUCUACCACCAUGCUGAGGUGUCACAAGCUAUUGAGGGAAAGACAAAUAUAUUGUUUCAAAAAGAUCACAUUCUAAACGUUAAAUCAAUAAAAAAAAAAAAGUAUUUUCAUUACAAGUUUGUAUUGCGUGAUCCAUCAUAUAUAAAAGUUUGCAUAUGUUUAAAUUUUGGAGCUUUGUUUUGCAAUUCAAGAGAGUGAUUUAUAA